AUAUCUCGUAAUCAGUUGUAACUUUGACCGCGCUGUGCAAAGCAUCGCUAGUAGUUUCUGUGCUGUUAACAGUUCCCCUAAAAAAAUGAAAACACUGUUUAUUUCUUUUGUGGUUGCCUGUUCUGUAGUAGCUUAUUCUGAAGCUUACGCAUAUUUUAUGAUAAAUGCCAGCCAUGUCGACUAUCCCAAUCAAUGCUAUGAUCCUCAAUUCGGAUACACCCUGGAUGCUGGAACGUCGAAUUAUACUGAAAAAUGCGAAAAAAUAACUUGCUCAGACAACUACGAAUACUCAAUCCUCGGUUGUGGUGUAGCACUCGCAGGACCAAAGUGUGAGUUAACACCGCUAGAUUCAACCAAGCAAUAUCCGGAUUGUUGUCCGCAAGUUAAAUGUCCAGCUGAAGAAUAGUUACGUAUCCUUUUUUCUGGAGACACUUAGCAAUACUUAGAGGUUGAUAUUUUAUUGCUCGUUUUUCCGGUAAUACUUCUUUGAAUACAAUAAAACUGCAGAAAAAUAUUUAGAACAAGAGACAACCUCAGCAUAAAUGCCUGUGCCUUCCUUAUAUAGCACAAAAUCGUUAAAAAUAUUGCGAUACCAUCGUUAUAUAGAAUAAAAAAAUAAUAGAUCCAUUUGGAUCAAUUUUAGUAUUAAUUGUACUAAUUUUGGAUGAAUUUCAGUAAAAAUUAAAGAAGCAAAACUA